AUGGGUCGGGGUAUCCUCCUCACCUCGAAUCUGCCCCAGCUUCAAAAUCUCAUAAAGCGCGACCCAGCCGCAUACAAGGAAGAGUUUCUCCAGCAAUGGUCUCACUACGAAAGCAUCCGUCAGAUUUUCCAGAUCAAUCCGACCGACCAAGCGCACCACUUUAAGGAGCUCGUCACCUUCAUCUCACAGGUAUCCCAAUGUUAUCCCAAAGAGACUGCCAACUUCCCCUCCCAUCUCUCCUCGCUCCUCAUGGACAACUAUACUUCCCUCUCCCCAGACAUUCGCAAAGCCCUCAUCCAAAACUUGGUCAUGCUCCAUAACAAAAAUGUUAUAUCUUCCAUUGAGCUCCUCAAGACUCUGUUCCCUUUGCUUCCAAAGACAACUUCCUCCAGCUUGAGAACGUUCAUCCGCAAAACAAUCUUGUCUGACAUUCGGACGGCCAAUCUGCGGUCUAAAAACCACAAGCUCAACCGCGCAGUCCAGGCGAUGCUCUUUGGCAUGGUCGAGAGAGGUAUGGAGGCCGAGGUCAUUGGCGACAAAGGCAAGCUCCGCGCUGUUUCCUCACAGUCAAAGCCUGAACACAGUGAGGAUGCCAUAUGGGCUGUCAUCCUCACAAAGGAGCUGUGGCGGAAGGGCAUAUGGACCGACUCGAAGACUGUUUCCAUCAUUUCCCUUGGCUGCUUCCACCCGGUGCUCAAAGUGCAGAGUGCAUCCGUCCAUUUCUUCCUGGGUAGCGAUGAUGAAAAAGAGGACAGUGACGAUGAAAGCGACGACGAGGGCCCCGACGUCAAAGCACUUCAUCACAGGCGAGAGAUCAAUAAAAAGACACGCAGUGGAGACAAGAAAAUUAUGAAGCAGCUCAAGGUUGCCAAGAAGAAAAAGCACGGCAAGAACGACCCUACAACUCCUAACUUCCCGGCUCUUCAGCUACUGAAUGACCCCCAGACAUUCUCUGAGAAGCUUCAUGAUAUGCUCAACCGAUAUGACAAGCGCUUCUCUCUGGACCACAAGAUAUUGCUGAUGCAGCUUCUGUCUCGCGUCAUGGGUGCACACAAACUCUGCGUGCUCGCUUUUUAUACCUACAUCGUCAAAUACCUCACCUACCACCAACUCCGCAUACCCGCUAUCUUGGUCUCACUCGCACAAUCCGUUCAUGACCUCACGCCGCCGGAUGCGCUGCAACCUGUAGUUCGGAAAAUAGCGCAAGAGUUUGUCCACCCUGGAGUUGGCAGCGAAGUCAUCGCUGCAGGUAUCAACGCUGUAAGGGAGGUAUGUCGGCGACAGCCUUGGGCUAUGGAGGAGGAUCUUCUCGGAGACCUCAUCGAAUAUCGCAAGAGUCGGGACAAGGCUGUAACGGCCGCCUCGCGAGGACUUUUGCAGCUAUACCGUGAAGUCAAUCCCGGCAUGCUCAAGCGCCGAGAGCGAGGUAAAGAAGCCAGCUUAGGCAUGAGUGGAGGGAAACAGCCCUUGCAAUACGGUCACACUACGGACGCCGCGGUAGACAUUGAGGGCCUUGCUUUGCUUGAAGAUCACUUCCAACAGCUGAGGGAAGAGGAUGUCGGAGAUGGCCAGGAGGACGAAGAUGACGACAAGGGCUGGGAAGGCUGGGAAUUGGAAUCUGACUCGUCAAGUUCAGAUUCCGAAGAUUGGCAUAAUGUCAGCUCAGAUGGCGACGAUGAUCUGGUGCUCAGUGACAGCGAAGACGAGAAAGAAAAGCCUCCAGCAAGCGCAGAACCGAGUGUCGAAAGUCGAAUAUCUACUCUGGCCACCACCAAGAUUUUAACCCCCGCGGAUUUUGCUCUUCUCAACGACCUCCGGAUCAAGGCAGCGUCCAAGGCUGUCGAAGCUGGCGGUGGCUCCCACGCAAAGCGCAAGCUUGCAGAGCUGCAGUCUCACAAGCACGCUAUGGAAGCGGGGCAAGACGGCACUUUCCUAUCCGAAAAUGAUAUCCUUGGUCCCAGGAAAAAGGCCAAGGCCGACUAUGCCGAGCGCAUAGCAUCAAUUGAGAAAGGUCGCGAGGGACGAGAGAAGUUCGGGUCGUUGAAGGGGAAGAAGAAAAAGGAGACGCCUAGUAGCUCCACGAAUAGGGAGAAGGCUCGCAACAAGCCUAUUAUGAUGAUCAUGGGUAGCGGGGCCGUACGAGGUAAAAAGAAGGCAUCGCUGAGAGACAAGCAGCGGAAGCUGAGGGCACACAUCGACAAGGCGAAGAAGGCACGAUGA